AUGGACGGUUGGCACUUCUCGCGGCCGUCUAGUCUGGCGCUUCCAGGUGGCCCGCUGCUCUCCCGGCCCACGCUGGACGAUGUGCUCUCAAACACCGCAGCUCCUCCUUACACGCUCGCAGCCUUCAUGGCCUACCUCUCGCAGAACCACUGCCUCGAGACGCUCGAGUUCACCAUGGACUCCAAGCGCUAUGCUGAUACAUACAAUGCCGUCUCCCGCCAGCUAGGCGAAUUCCCCAUUCUCUCCGACUCCCCGCAAGCAGACCACCUUUGCAUGCUCUGGCAUAGGCUGCUAUCCGCCUAUGUCAUGCCGGGAUCUCCCAGGGAGAUCAACCUUCCAAGCGCCGUCAGGGAUGCCCUGCUGAGACACUCCAAUCUCAGAAGACCUCCGCCACCCGAGACGCUCGACGCUGCCGUCAAGCGAAUUCACGACCUCAUGGACGAGUCUAUCUUCAUUCCCUUUCUCAACAGUCACGCCUCGCCCCAGUCACAGCCGAGCUAUUCCCGAGAUGGCUCUCCUGAGGACCGUGAAGUUGGCCGUCACAAGUCGAUGCGCAAACGGCUAUCACCGCAGUCCUCCUUUGUCACCUCUCCUCGCUCCGCUGCUGCUCCCGGCAGUGGUUAUUUCUCAUACCAUUCUUCUUCAAACCCAUCUACUAGCCCUCCCUCUUCUCACCACACUUCCAUCUCCAGGACAACUACCACCAGCAGCCGCUCCUCUCCUUACGGCUAUGCCAGUGGUGACUCGGUCUCAGGCACUCUGACAGACGACUCCGGCAGCAGCCUGCCUUCGAGCCCCGGUGCAGGAGAUCCCAUGACUCCGCCCACAACCCCGCCGUCGAGUGACAUGCACCAUCCCCACCAUCAUCAUUCCAAGAGCCGACAAGACAAUGCCUGGAAGAAGAUGGGCAUGAAGCUUGGUUGGAAGAAGAAGUCUGGUGGCAGCAGCGCCGGUGGUCGUGGCUAUUCAACUACCUCAACCACCAGGGACACCCGAUAUCAAGAUGACAUGUAUUAA